UGCUUACCCGGCUCACCAAGCGACACCUCACAAUCCACACAAUCCAGCAUUCCCUCAUCAGUGACGCUCGACGCAUAGAACGCUUUAGGCUUGACAGAGAGCUCGAUACGCCGCUACGACAUAGAGAGCAGCACGACCCUUUUACACGAUCCUCCACAUCUCACGACCACUACUGCAGUCUCGAUACCGGUCUCUCUAGCCUCAAUCCUAGACGAUUGAACAGUCAGAAUCUCUACCAUACAAAUAACAUUGAAGGAAUAUUUCCGCAACCUCGACAAAUCAACGCAUAGCGACCAUAACCCUGACUGCGACACGACCACAAUCAUGCAUCACCUCAACCUCAACUUGCGUCUCCCUAUCCUUCCCCUCCUCUUCCUAGCCGUAAUCACCCUCCUCACCACAAGCCUGGUGCAAGCGCAUCGAAUAGAUAUCCCAGCGGGAGAGAAGGCUUGUUUUUUCGAGGAUCUGCAUGUCGAGGAUCAGAUGACGAUCACUUAUCAGGUCGGAGCGGGCGGGAACAUGGAUAUCGAUUUCUACCUUCAAGACCCAACCUCGGCGACCCUGUCCAGCAUCUACCGCAAAUCAACGGGAACCUACGCGCUCACAGCGGCGAAAGACGGGAGAUAUACGUAUUGCUUCAGCAACGAGAUGAGCAGCGUCAGUCCCAAGGUCGUCAGCUUCAACGUCCACGGAGUGCUCUACGUGGAAGAUUCUGGCGAGGUCGCACCCGUCGAGGCCGAGAUCCGGGCCCUGUCUACGGGACUGCAGGGGGUCAAGGACGAGCAGGAGUAUAUCGUCGUGAGGGAGAGGGUUCAUCGGGAUACUGCCGAGUCGACAAACGACCGGGUGAAAUGGUGGUCCAUCGUCCAGAGCUUCUUGCUCGUCGCCAUCUGCGCGUGGAACGUGACUUAUCUGAAGAGCUGGUUCGAGGUCAAGCGGGUGUUGUAGGCGCCGAGGGUGCACGUAUUAUCUAUGAACAGCCUCUCUCUAUCUCUGUCUUCAUGGGAGGAGAAGAUGGUGGCCUCUAGUGUGUAAUGUUUUCUGCUAUGCAACUACAUGCUCGAUCAUACCGUAAUCAAGAUGACCAGGGG